CUGAUGUGUUUUUUAAACGAGCAACACAGAUCGGCGUGGGUUCCGAUGAAUAUUUUGUUAGCGUGGGUAGAUUGUUAAUUAUUUACACGGAAUUUUAUCAAAAAGUGCACAGGUACGGGUCGUUACAACAAAAAUAUAAACUGCAGUAUGGUAAUCGGCCUGUUGAAACUUCAAGACAAAAAUUGAGAAAAGUACCGGACGCCAACAUGUCGCAGCAGUAUAGUCUACGGUGGAAUAACCACCAGCCGAACUUUAUAUCUAUGUUCACGACCUUAUUGAAUACUCAAACUCUCGUGGACGUCACUUUGUCGGCUGAUGGGAAGCAACUGCUCGCACAUAAAGUUGUUUUAUCUGCUUGCAGUACCUAUUUCCAAUCGCUCUUCGUUGAUAAUCCGUCGCCACAUCCAAUUGUCAUUCUGAAGGAUGUGACGUAUGCCGACCUGCGCACCAUGGUCGAUUUUAUGUACUGUGGGGAGGUGAACGUGACUGAAGAACAGUUACCCAAGGUCCUGGACACAGCCAAGCUUUUAAAAAUAAAGGGUUUGACGGAAAUGCCAGAUUCUACGUCACUGACCCGAUCCCAGGGCACAUCGGCUGAGUUCCAAAACCAGGGAGACUCCAUGGACUCACAGAGGCAAUCUCCAGCUGCUUCUCCUUCUAACAAGCGCAGACGGCGAAGGAAAAGUUCGAGUGGUUCUACUUCAUUAAAUGUGGUGGAAAACGAACAAGGCCGCGCUGACGUUGCCGCUCAGACGGUAGAUGCGAUCACGUUAAGCAGCGUGCCACAACAACGGCGCAUGCGCGAAUACCACGAAAUCAGAACCAUCGACAACUCGCAACAGACCACGGAACAAGACCUCAACGUUGAGCAGAUCGGACUAGAGAACACUCCCACAGCGAUACCACAAGGAGGCCAAUGGACUAUGAUGGAGCAUUCGUAUCCGCGGUACACAAACGCGUGCUUAGGAGCGGGCGCGUUGCAGCAGGACCCAGGCAUGUACAUCAAUAAUGUGAUCAACCCGCACAUGGACGGCGACAUCAACUACGGCCAGAGCCUCGGCGUGGCUGGUCCCUCGCCAGGCCCCUCCUGCGUCGACGUGCAAGCCGCGCAGGAACCCAACCCCACGCCCACCCCCAAGCGACGACGAACCACCAACCCACAAUCUGAAGAAAACUUCCAGAGGGCUUUAGAGGCUGUGCGUUUCGGAGGAAUAGGUUUCUGUAAGGCUGCUCGAAUGUUUGGCGUUAACAAUAGGACCUUAUGGCUUGAGUAUAAGAAGAAAGGAUACCCGAAUAACAGGCCCAGUAUUAAGAGCAGGAUCAAGCGCGAACACACGACUCCGCCGCCCGAGCACAAGGAGGAACAGCAACUGCCGGAGCAGCAGAUGGCGCUGGUGUGCCCGCAGCAUCAGGUGCCGCCCGGGUUCAUCGAGUCUAACGCCGCGCACGGCUUCCCCUUGCAGGGCGUGGCGCACAACUCGCCUCUCAACAUUUUGGGAGUGAAUUUCAACUCAAUGCAAUAGAACGCGGCCUGCGGCGUGUCAGCUGACGAGUCGUACUCGUUGUGACACGAGUGGCAAGGCGCGGACUACGGGCACCACCAGCCCUACAUGGCGCCUUCGCCCCCGCAUGCCGCCCUCGCGCCGCCGCGCUAUGAGCACUUGUACAUGCAUCUUGCGUUGUAAAUAUUAGUUCGAACACGUAACGUACUUACUAUCGGUUUGGCUGUGGGCUUACAGAUCCUCACUUACUGUUCAUGUAUCUCGGGUGACUUAGAUGGUUGCAUCGAUUUAAUAUUCUGCAUGUAUUGGAGUGUUCACGUGACAGAGUACCCUGGUAUAUGAAUUUGUAAGUUAACAGUAUUGUAACUGGGGUGUGUCGUUGUAUUAAUAGGCAAUAAACUAAAGCAAUGUUUUCCAUUUUGUAGCGGAACGGACUUUUACGCAUUUUUUGGUGUAAUAACGACACACGCUCGAGUUCUAAAGGGUUUAAUGGUUCAUAAAGGACGGCAUGAGACUUAAGAUAAAAACUAUUACCUAUAAGUGAACGCAUUGAUGCAUCAUACGUUAUUUAUGCCCCUGAUAGGGUAAGCGCCACAGCCGUAGAAUUGCCAUGAAAAACGUAUUUUGUAGAUCUCAAUAGGACCGUAAGUUAUAAACUGUUCGGUAAACCAGUGUUUUUUACAAUUAAUAUAGUGCACAACCGUAGUGUUAUGUAUAGUCGUCGGAUCGAAUGUGAUAGCGAAUUUAUUAUUGUGUAACUCCCGCUUUGGUUGCAACACUGGAUACACAGUUUCAAUAAGUUCGUCGUUAUUCUUGCAAUAAUAUUAAUAAUGAUAACCUACGGUACUUUGAAUUAGUUGGCGUAACGAUACAGGUGCGUAUCGAUGUAUUAGACCAUAUCAAAACAUAUUUUUGCAGCUAGUUGUGUCAAUGUGUAGGGAUAUAAAUAAUGGUGAGUCGACUAGUUUUAAGGAAAUUCACACUUACCACUGUUAGUUUAGCGUUAAUAGGAAUCGAUACUCGCCGAGUUUCGCCAAGUGCCACGGUAACGUUGUAGUUGCUUGAGCUGGCUCGUCAUGGAUGGAUGUUCGCCAAUGCGCAAGUUCAAUGCCCUCACGUCGUCACUUCUUGUUGUUCAACAGUUAUUUUGACAUUCAAAGCUAGUAAUAUCAUCACAUAUUCUUGACGCAUAUUAUGAUAAGUAGGAAAUAUGAUUAAAUCGGCGAUUCGGCUGAUAUUGUGACUGACAAGUUGGUAGGGCAUUGAGAGGCAUGCAAAGAUUUAGUUUGUAAGUUCUGAGUGGCAGGUUACACACAAUUUUAUUAAUAACUACCUCUAUAUAUAAGUAUUUUAAUGAUAGACUGGGUGAUUUUGUCUAAUGGAACUUCAAGGACGACAAUCCUCACAACAAUAAUACGUAGCAAUUAUUUACAGCAUUCAGCACGUCUAACAAAUAGAAGUCGUGAUGUAAAAUAUUAUGUAAAAGUACUUAAUUCAAAAACCAAAGUCCGUCAAUAGAAAAGCAACAAAACUUUUUAAUAUUGUUAGUGUAUUCUUGUAUAAGGAAAAUGUGCCGUCUACAACAAACUUCUUGAGACACAGCCAAGUGACAGAAUGCAGAUUUUGUUGAUACAGUUCCGUUUUUACCUGUUGGGUACGGAUCCGUAAAAUUGUUAAAAGAACGGUGCAACUAUUGAAUUAGGCAACUAAUUAUUAUGUCGUCUCCUUGAAGUAAUAUUUACAAGUAACUUGAAUCAUGUGUAUAUAUAUUAUAAUAUGUAUGUUUUAUGAAUUCGUUCAGUAGUCACCUAAAUCAAAGUACCUAUAGUGUGAUUUUCAUACUAUUAUUUUGGAAACGUGGUGGUGUGUCGGCAAAGGUAGUAUUAAAAAGAAGUAUCUGUUACGUGUGGCUUGGCCGUGGCGAGCCAUAGGGAGGGCGAAGUUCUCAGUAGGGUUGUGUUCGCAUGUGCUCAGUAGAUAGGUCACUCGUUGUAACACAAAAUACAUAAUUACAAUCAUUUAGCCGCUAAGGCAUUCGUAACCUCAAAUGAUGAUCAAAGUUUCUAGUAUAGCUAUAAGGAAUUUCAAUGUUCAAGGUUAUUCUUCAUUAUUUGAUUUUGCUACUCACGCAUACAUAACAGUUGUGUGCAGGUACAAUAAUAAUAGAUCAAGAUAUCCUAAAAAUACAUUUUGAUAAUGAUAUUUUUACGUACUUAUCGUGUAAGUACAUCCACUAAUUUAGUAUGAUGAAUAUACUAGGAGAAUGUAUUAUUACAUUAUAUUUUUGUUUAUAAAUCAGGUUUCAUAAGAUGAAGAAACACACCGCCACUUCGGUUGUAUAACAUUUAUUAUACGAAUUUCAAUGAAACACCAAUUUUAUAUAUCGAUUUUUAUUUUUACAAUUACUAAUGUCGGAUGAUGGUUAUAUUUUUAAUAUUGAAUACCAGCCAGUGAUAUGAGAUGCCAGUAGUAAUAAUAAUAAUACAUGAAAACGUUCAGAACCUUUUUGCAUUUACGUUGGACUGAUAAAAUUGCACAUAUCUUUUGUACGUGAUGUUUGCGUUACAUGUAGUGCGGGUAUGAAGCGCCGAGGUACGCUUGGCGUGACAGCACGUCUCACGCGAACAGGAACAAUAUUACCAGAGAUCUCUAUCGUGUAAAAUAAUUAGGUAUUAGAUCAUUAUGCAUUUAUAGUGUAAGUUACUGUUACUAGUUAGGCAUAAGUGGUGCCCGUGACGUAACAUGUAGGUUGUCUCGCGAGCGGAACUUGUCGUGCGUCAUAAAAUUGUUGUAAGAUUUAAUCAUGUCCCAUUUUUGUUUAUCAGCCUUUUUGAUACUUAGAUACUACAUGACUACGCCCAUUUCUCAUUAUUCUAGUAUUAAGCCUAACGUCGCCAUAAUUAUGAAUAAUGAAUGUGAUUUUAUUAUGAUCUAUUAUGAAUUAUCAGUAGUAAUACAUUAAGUGAAUUUGAGCUCUAUGUACAGUAACGGUAAGUUGAGACGCCGAAUUGAAUAAAGAAAGAUGUAAUGGAUGGACGGUCUCACCUCUCAUAUAUGUAAAUUUUAUUAAUCUUGUAGUUUUCGUGCUCGAAUUUAAUGUUCCCUAACGCUUUGCUCAAUUUGAUUCGUUUAUUGUUUACUUGAUGGCAGUUAGCUGGCGUGUUGCUUAUGACGACAGUCGGUCCGCAAGCGAGUACAAUUCGUGAUCUUGUUACUAACGUCAUUUAGAAGUAUUACUUUUUUAUUUUUUAAAUAAAUUAAGGAGUAUUAUAUUUUUAUAUUCGCCUAGAUUUACAACGAUAAUAACCAGUUUCGGCGUUUGCGAUCUCUGUAUUUUUUUUAAUGAUUUUGACUGAUUUUUGAAAUAAUUUAGAAAGUUUUUCUCGUUUAAGCUGGCAACAUAGCUGCUUCGUUUCGGAGGUCAUUCAAAUUGUAAAUAUAAUAUGUAUAUAAUUGAAUAUGUAUCCCUGAAUGUUGCUCUGAAUAGCGUGUAUCUCGAAAGACUGCUCAGAAAUGGAAAGUAAAUGUUUUCUAAUAAUGAUACUGAACUCUAUAAUCUGGAAUUAGGGCUUUUAUAAUAAGUAUGUAUGCAAACAGUAUUCGAUAUGAAAAUAUUUAGGUAAUUAAUUAUACAUUAAAAAUGAACCGCCAUACAUUUCUAAUCCUUUAGGAAGCACAGGUCCCUGAGUAUUGAACAC